AUGUCUGUUCUUCCUUGGUUCCUUGCUGAACUUAGUAAGUCCCCCUUCUUUCUGAAUCCGAUUGUCCAUGCAGAUACUGGUGUUCCGAUGGUUUCUAUACCACAGUAUCAAUUUAAUGACAAUCAAUGGUCACAGCAACAGGACAUACGAACCGGGCCAAAAUAUGGUCAAAGAGGAAAUCUACAGGCCCAUAUUAAUAAAGAAAUUGGUAAAAGGCGACGAAGAAGAAUUGGAUACUCUGCCCAAACUUACGAGAAUAAGAAAACUCAUGUUUGGAUAUUUUAUGAACGACAAAGAAAAUCUCGAAGACCGAGAACUUUUGAUGAUAAUGGACAAUUCAUUUAUGUUAGACAUGGUUUAUUUGCGGGAAUUCCAGAUUUGAGACAAAAUUACUGUGAAUUUUCAAUGCAUCGAAAUAAUACGAGAUUGGCCUCCAUCAAAGGGUGCCAUUGUCAGACAUCUACUAUUUUCCCUACAAAGUUUAAUCGUGAUUACGAGAACUUGGUAUCAAAUGUCAGAUCGUGUGCCCUAAAAAUGGCUGAACGCGAAAUGAACUAUGUGACUGAACAUGAUAAAUGA